AAUAUUACUUUACAUAGACCCUAAGCCAUGGCUAGAGAACGGGUUCAGAAGAAGUCUUUCCAGCAGAGUCUGGAGGACAUCAAGGAGAAGAUGAAGGAGAAAAGGAGUAAACGGCUGGCCAGUGCUGCAAAUCCGGGCAUGAGACGAUCAAGAAUGAUGAACAAAAAUACUGGGCCUAAUUCUACACACAGCAUCUUAAAGGGUGCACAGCUGAACAACAAAGCGCUGGCUGUGGCCCUUCAAGCUGAAAAGGAGAAAGUGAGGCAGGCCAAUGCUGUGAUCCUGCAGCUAAAGAGGGAGCAACAAGCCCUGUUCCUUCACCUGCUACUCCUGAAGAGGAAGCUGAAAGAGCAGGAAGCUCUGGCAGCUAGUGCUUCAAUGACUAAACCUGCAGACAUUCACGUGGAAACUCAGCACCAUCCUCAUUCAGCGAGGAGCAGCCAGAAACUUGAGGAGCCCUUUCUGAGUAAAGCUUCACCAAUUUGUGAAGAUCCUCCAACCUCUAGAAGGAAUGAACAGUAUUGUGACAAAGAGAUUACCUUACCAUCCACAGUUGGUGUGAGACGCAGACACACAGACGGAAAAAGCAGGCGAAGAUCUGAGCGCCUUAGACGUUCAAGCUUGUUAAGUGAAGGAGACCCGUUUGCAGACUUUGGUGCUAUACUUUCAAGUCCUAUUCACAGUGACAGUAGAGAUCUGCAUCCAAACCAACAAGGAGCAGAGCCAGAAGCAGUAGAUCUCAGCAACACUGAGGAAAUGCGUCACUCCACUCCUGAGCAUGUUCCUCCCAAAAAGUCAAAGCAGCCAACCAGGAAGCAAGCCCAACAGCAGCAGCAGCCUUGCUCCAAACUAGAACCAGCGUCGCAGAAACCUGACAGAGGCCGCAAACCAGACCGUGCCCAAUUAAAGAAACCAUGGGAGAAUACCAAACCCAGAGCUCGCUCUAACAGUCGGGACCGUUCAGCCACACGGGCCAAAACAGCACCACCAGCACAUAGUAAUAAGCUUAACACAUCACUCGGCUUUAACGACACGUUUGAUUUUGACUGUGAGGAGGCUAUCCACGUCACACCGUUUAAGGCCAAAGCAGAGAACAGUCAACCAGCCACACCCAUAAACAAGGAGGCUCAAACCGAAGCAGCAUGUGCAGCUUCCAAACAAAGUGAAACCAGCUCAUCCUCUCCGUCCUCAGACUCGGACGACAGCCUUUAUGUCCCUAAGAAAACAAAAGGGAGACCGAUUUCUCCUGACAAGAUCAGAGGGAUCACCACUCGUAGACGCCAGUCCUCAAACGCUGUCCCACGGAAAAUAAAUGACGUCCCUCCAAGUCGAGGGUUCUUUGUUUUUGUUGAUGAGGAGGAGUCAGUUUUCAAAGAGGCAGACUCUGACUCUAAUGAAGCUAAUUGUCCUCACUUGCCUGAUUCUACUCUUGCUAACGUCUCUGCUAGAGAUGAAAAUUCCCAAAGGCCUCCCAGUGAGCAGAUGGACCGUUUGCUUCCUGUCAGUCCACUUGUUGAGGCUGAGAUGACGAGAAUAAACAACGUCCUGUCCAAUUUUAGAGACAACUCGUGCGAAGCCUCUUCUCUGUUGCCUCACCAAAAACCACAGAGACUCAAAACGAGCCAGAAACGUGGGGGUGGUAUAAGGACAGAGGGGCAGGGCUUAAGACUGUGCGAUGUUACCAAUCUGCAACCUGCACCCUUCCUUAACUUCUGUGGCGGCUCACGUCUCUCAGAUGCUCGAUGCGCCACGCCUGUUCCUGGUCGCAAGCGGCGCUGCACCACGUCAGUCGACUACAAGGAACCUUCCUUAAACGCGAAACUUCGCCGUGGCGACAAAUUCACAGACCUGCAGUUUCUCAACUCUCCUGUUUUCAAGCAGAAGUCUGAUAGGAGGUCUGCGCGGAAAUCUGCGCGCAGCCAGCAGUCACUUGAGAAAUACAACGAGUCUUUUGUUGGAUGUCGCUAAAAGUUGCUUUGUAGUGACUUGUUGGAU